GUCUUCUACUACUUCUCUUCUCUACCUUAUCAUAAAAAGCCAGAAACGAACGAUUCACAUUAGCCAACACACUCUCUCUGUCUUCUGCGUACCUCACUUUCACUUCCUUUCUUUUUUUCUUGCUUACUCUAUGGCUUCCGAUGAGACCAUGACCUUUCUCUCUUCCUUACAAGAAGAGGAUUUUGACGACGACGAGGAUGAUGACGAUGAUGGAUUUGAUGAUCAUCAUCUCCGACAACCUCAUCCCCACAACUUGUCGAGGUUGUCGGUGUGUACCAGCAGCACGUUUGGAGUAGACGACAACGACGAUGAUGUUAACAAUUUGGCGGCCAUGUGCGUGUCACAGUUGUCCAUAGAAAGCUUUGAUGCGGACGGGGAGUUAUCAGAUGGGAAGGAGUUAUCCUCGGACUCGGAAAACGAAUCGGGAAGUUGUUACUCUUUGCCCUCCACGCCACCUGAAAGGAGGAAAGAGGUUAAGGAGUAUGUGAGUGACAAUGGAGGAGAAGGAAAGGGCAGGAAGAAGAAUGAUCCUCGGAGGAGGAAGAGGAGAAUGAGGAGGGAGCGAUGGGGGUUUGAGUUUGAGGAAGUGGAGAAGAGUAAGAGAAAAGAGGAGGAGCAUGGAGAGAGUGAUCAAAGUGGGGUGAUGGUAAUAACUAGGCCAAAAGGUGGGAAAAGGUCUCUUUGCAUGGAUUUGGAGGAAGUAAAAGCUUGCAGAGAUCUUGGGUUUGAGUUGGAACACGAACGCAUGCUUGAGAUCCCUUCUCGUCUCUCUUUCUCCAAUUCCACUCUUGAAACUAGCAGUGGUAGCAACUCUCCCAUCGCCAAUUGGCGUAUCUCUGCUCCAGGUGAUGAUCCAAGAGACGUGAAGGCUCGGCUGAAGGUGUGGGCGCAAGCGGUGGCACUGGCAUCUGCAUCAAGAUACAGCACAUGAAUUCGAUUUUCCCCUAAUUCCUAUUCGCUUCCUCUCAGAGACUAUAUAUAUAUAUAUAUAUAUAUAUAUAUAUAUAUAUGUAUUAUAGGGUACUAUAACACAAGUUUUUAAAUUUUUCUUCCCACUAUGAUUAUUGUUGUAGAGUUGUUGUUUCCGCUGUAGGAGUGUUGAGGUUCAUUUCAGGUGGAAGUUUCUUUUUUGAGUGGUGGUCACUUUUGCUCUGUACAGUAGUGUUUGAAUGAGAUGAAAGGGCCCUGAUGCGAGAAAUUAGGGUGUGAAUAGCCAAUAAAAAUAUGUAAUUGAAAAAUUGUGAAUGGACAAAGGAAAAAAUGUGGAACUUUUAUGGGAAUUUUGGAUUCAUAUACA